CCACCCUACAGCCUCAUGCCAGUUUACUGCCACCCCCACCCUGCCGCCCCCCCCUGCCUGUCUCCAGCCGCCUUCCCCCUGCCUGUCUCCAGCCGCCUUCCCCCUGCCUGUCUCCUGCCACCCCUUGACUGUCUCCGGCCGACAUUCCCUUGCCUGUCUCCUGCCGCCUUUCUCCUGCAACCUUUCCCCUGCUUGGCUCCUGCCGCUUUUCCAGGAGACCCUGUCCCUUCACAGUGUACUGAACAUCAGCUAAUUGUGACUCCACCCACAAUAGCGCUACACUCUAGAUCAGGCCCACUAUGCAGUACAGCCUUAUGGGGCUGGGUCACAGGAACCUCGGAGACACUGACCAGGACUCUAUGGCUGUGGGGAAAUAGGAGACUUAAUGACCACUCUAUUCCAUAUUUACUAUGUUACAUGUGCAAUAUGUUUUAUGUAUUAUAUUUAUUCCAAAGAACUCCAGCUGUGAGGAACGGAGUCUUUAUUACACAUCACACCUUCUGUAUUCUCUCUAAUUCAUCAAGGAUGGACAAAGACAGGAGUCACAGGACUGAGAGGAUAAUAAAUAUCACCCUGGAGAUCAUUUACCUGCUGACUGGGGAGGAUUACACAGUAGUGAAGAAGACAUCCAAUGAGUGUGAGAUACUCAACAGCCAUCCCUGUGUGUCAGGAGGUCUGAGUAGAACCCAGAGCCACAUCCCAGUGCCUCCACCUGACUCACUAAUACAUGAGAGACCCAAUGACCAAAAGAUCCUGGAACUCACCAACAAGAUCAUUCAGCUGCUGACUGGAGAGGAGGGGGAGUAUAUAGAGGAACACAGGGGUCUGUACAAGGACGUGAUGAUGGAGAAUCACCGGCCCCUCACAUCUCUGGAUAAGAGGAGACUGUCAUGUAUUGUACAGGGGAGAGCAGAAGGACCCAGUAACCGAGAUAUCUCAGAGAGAUGUCCCCGUCCUCUGUAUACCCAGGACUGUACAGAGGAGUAUCACAGGAUCCCACAGGAGGAUCAGGGUGAAGCCCAAUUAAAUAAUAUUAAAAUCAAAGAUACAGAGGGAGAAGAAGAGACGUAUGUGACUGAUAUAAAGGCAGAAGAUAUAGAGGGAGAAGAAGAGACGUAUGUGACUGAUAUAAAGGCAAAAGACAUAGAUGGAGAAGAAGAGACAUAUGUGACUGAUAUAAAGGCAGAAGAUAUAGAGGGAGAAGAAGAGACGUAUGUGACUGAUAUAAAGGCAGAAGAUAUAGAGGGAGAAGAAGAGACGUAUGUGACUGAUAUAAAGGCAGAAGAUAUAGAGGGAGAAGAAGAGACGUAUGUGACUGAUAUAAAGGCAGAAGAUAUAGAUGGAGAAGAAGAGACGUAUGUGACUGAUAUGAAAGCAGAAGAUAUAGAUGGAGAAGAAGAGAUGUAUGUGACUGAUAUGAAGGCAGAAGAUACAGAGGGAGAAGAAGAGACGUAUGUGACUGAUAUAAAGGCAGAAGAUAUAGAAGGAGAAGAGAUGUACGUGACUGAUAUGAAGGCAGAAGAUACAGAGGGAGAAGAAGAGACAUAUGUGACUGAUAUAGAGACAGAAGAUACAGAGGUAGAAGAAGAGACGUAUGUGAGGGGUGAUCAGCAGUGUAAGGAGGAGGAGAUCCCUACAGAUAUCAGCACAGCAGAUGGACACACAAGCAGGAAUAUCUCAGAAGGACAUCUAAUGUUAUCCCCGGAUUGUGACAUAAAUGAUAAUGACAGUAGACAGGAUUCUCCAGGAGAUAACCCCAUUACCCCAAUUAUACAUCCAGCUCGAUCAGCUGGUCCCUCUGAUCCUGGGAAAUGUUCUCCUGAUCACUCUGAUAUUGGUGCAUCUGUUACAGCUCUGACAGUAGAUACAGUGUUUCCAUGUUCUAUAGAUGCCAAAUGUUUUACACAGAACACAAAGCUUAUUACCCAUCAGGCAGCUAAGGCAGGUGAGAAGCCAUUUCCAUGUUCUGAGUGUGGGAAAUGUUUUGCACGGAAAUCGCAUCUUGUUAUACAUCAGAGAAGUCAUACAGGUGAGAGGCCAUAUUCUUGCUCUGAGUGUGGGAAAUGUUUUUCCCAGAAAUCACAUCUUGUUCUACAUCAGAGAAGUCACACAGAUGAGAGGCCGUUUUCUUGCUCUGAGUGUGGGAAAUGUUUUUCCCAGAAAUCACAUCUUGUUCUACAUCAGAGAAGUCACACAGAUGAGAGGCCGUUUUCUUGCUCUGAGUGUGGGAAAUGUUUUAGAUGGAAAUCACAACUUGUUACACAUCACAGAAGUCACACAGGUGAGAAGCCAUUUUCUUGCUCUGAGUGUGGGAAACAUUGUUUAAAUAAAUCACAUCUUGUUAUACAUCAGAGAAGUCACAUAGGUGAGAAGCCAUUUUCUUGCUCUGAAUGCGGGAAAUGUUUUUCCCAGAAAUCAUAUCUUGUUAUACAUCAGAGAAGUCACACAGGUGAGAAGCCAUUUUCUUGCUCUGAGUGUGGGAAAUGUUUUAGAUGGAAAUCACAACUUGUUACACAUCACAGAAGUCACACAGGUGAGAAGCCAUUUUCUUGCUCUGAGUGUGGGAAACAUUGUUUAAAUAAAUCACAUCUUGUUAUACAUCAGAGAAGUCACACAGGUGAGAAGCCAUUUUCUUGCUCUGAAUGCGGUAAAUGUUUUUCCCAGAAUUCACCACUUGUUACACAUCAGCGAAGUCACACAGGUGAGAAGCCAUUUUCUUGCUCUGAGUGCGGGAAAUAUUUUUCCCAGAAAUCAUAUCUUGUUAUACAUCAGGGAAGUCACACAGGUGAGAAGCCAUUUUCUUGCUCUGAGUGUGGGAAAUGUUUUAGAUGGAAAUCACAACUUGUUACACAUCACAGAAGUCACACAGGUGAGAAGCCAUUUUCUUGCUCUGAGUGUGGGAAACAUUGUUUAAAUAAAUCACAACUUGUUAUACAUCAGAGAAGUCACACAGGUGAGAAGCCAUUUUCUUGCUCUGAAUGCGGGAAAUGUUUUUCCCAGAAAUCACCACUUGUUACACAUCAGCGAAGUCACACAGGUGAGAAGCCAUUUUCUUGCCCUGAGUGUGGGAAACGUUUUACACGGAAAUUAUAUCUUGUUAGACAUCAGAACUCACACAAGUGAGAAUAUAUUUCCAUGUUCUGAGUGUGGGAAAUGUUCUGCACACAAAUCAGAUCUUAGAAACCAUGAGAGAAGUUGCACAGGUGAGAAGCCAUUUUCUUGCUCUUAGUGCGGGAAAUGUUUUACAUAGAAAUCACAACUUGUUACACAUCACAGAAGUCACACAGGUGAGAAGCCAUUUCCAUACUCUGAGAAAUAAAUCGGCACUUGUUGCACACAUUAGACAUCACUCAGGUGAGGAACCAUUUUAAUCUUCUGGAGUAUACUCCUCAUUGCCAUGCAUUGUUCUUCAAAGUUCUUAUCCUAUCUCCUAUGCUUUUUGCAAUAUACAUGUUACCACUGGGUGAAAUAAUCAGGUGUCAUGCCCUCAUCUACCACUGCUAUGCAGAUGACCUGUCUUUUGAUCCAGGUACUGAGAAACCAGUACCAAUCCUAAAUGGUUGUCUAGCUGAGCUCCAGGUGUGGGUGAUGCCAGUUGGCUGUGACUCAGUCCUGGUGAAACAGGUCCUUAUGAUAGAAGCUCACCAAUAAACGGCAGGGCUACAACUCAGCUUUACUACCAACCAGACGCCACAUAACACCCAUUCUCUGUUCCCUCCACCGGCUGCCUGUAAGAUGGUGACUGUUACAUAAUCUUACUGACUCUCCCAGCCCUACAUGACCAGGGUCCAAGGUACCAGAAGCAGCUUCUGACUCCUUACUGUCCUACUUGCUUCCAUCUGCAGAUGGACUGUUACCAGCAAUACCAAGAAACCCCAAGCAGUGCUGAGAUGUCAGAGGGGAGACAGGGUGGGUGGCACUAUUGCUGUAUCGGUGGCACUGUCUGGGUAAUAUUAUCCCCAAGCAGAGCUGAGGGGGUACUCAGGGUGGCUGGCAGUAGUGGGGACUGCAGGAGGCAGUGUAUGUGUGAGAAUCUUGUCCUCAAGCAGAGUUAAGGUGUCAGAGGGGGAGACAAGGUGGUGAAAGUAGUGGAAAGGAGACAGGGCGGAUGGCAGUAGUGAGCGGAGACAGGGUGGGUGGCAGUAGUUGGGGGA